AUGGUCGGCAAUCAGCUGAAUGAGGUCACCGGCGGACUCGGCCUCAACAAUGACAACAACGCGGAGAAGACGGAGACCGGCGAGGAUCCAGAGGUUGUAGCGGCGCGUCUCGAGCAAGAGGAGCGACGGAAGGAGAAGCAUCGCAAAAUGGAGGCGGAGCGAGAGAAGAUGCGACAGGGAAUUCGCGACAAGUACAGCAUCAAGAAGAAGGAGGAAGGCGCGGCGAUGGAUUUUACCGAGGGCCGCAUCGGUGGUCCGCGAAAAACUCCAGAGGAGAUUGCCGCCGAGAUGAAUGCCGAGGAUGACAGCAUCAUCGGACAGCUCGGGCUCACCGAGCAUGUCGAGAAGGCCAAAACCAUGGCGACAGGCGCCUUCGAAACUGUCAAAGGAUUCUUGCCGUUCGGAAAAUAA